UGUUGGAAUUCUACACCUCUCCUUUCAUUUCCUUUUCAUCUUUCACUUGUUCACCAAAACCAGACAAACACGAAGCGAUGUCAUAAUACUCAUGCCGAUCGAUAAAAGAUUUCGAGAUGGACUGUAGAUCUCCCAAUCUGAUCUGGAAGUGGAAUCGCAUUUGUGUUCUUAGCAAGGGAGGAUUUCAUCAUCUGAAGGUUGUGAUUGGUCCUCUCACUUAUCUUUUGGUCUUGCUAGUCAGUGAAUUCGAACAGGUGGAGUGCAUUGGGUUCCUUCCUGGCCUCCUCUUUCAUGGCUCCAAAGGUGUCAUCAGAACUCUAAAUUCAAAUAUUGUAUUUUCGACAAUAGGUGUCAUCGAAGACGAGCACACACACGUCUUGAGCUACAUAAGGAGCCUCAGCAAAGCUCCAGUAGUGACCAAUUGCCUUGCUUCUGGCAUGGAGGGAACAACUUUUGUUAUUUGCUUCAAGACCAAUGGUCAUGGUUUAUGAUCAAGGAAUAGCACAUCCAAAAGAAGUGAGGUGCGUGGCUCGUUAGUAGCAGUGGUAACCUGCAGCUUUGACUUUCUUUGUGAGUUUGAAAGUGCUAUAGAGACGAGACGCUGCUGUUAGGAUUUGAGAGAGCAACGUUGCCGCUGCUACAAUAUGGGGAGGCCUGCUGCUGGGAUUUGAGAGCGCAAGGCCUGCAGCGGAGGCGCUGCUCUGAAAUGUUCAUCGAGACGCUACCCGGCAUGUUCAUCGGGACGCUGGCCGGCAUGUUCAUCGGGACGCUGCCCGGCAUGGUUCAUUUUGACGCUGCCCGGCAUGGUCAUCGGGACGCUGCCCGGCAUGGUAUUUUUUUUGCUUUUUUAUUUGGUAUGGCAUCGUUGAGAGGCUUGUGACAUCAAAAGAAGGUGGAGCAUGGAAGGGAGGGAGUAUCAACCUUUGUGGUGUCUUGGAUAUCUCCUCUGAGCUUUGUCUUCCUCUGCAGCAGGGCUUCGGCUAUUCUCCUUCCUCUCCGCGUCCUAUCUUCUUGCCGUCUCUUCAAGCUGCUCUCUGCUUCUUCAUCACCCUCUCCCUCUUGACGUACAUGGACUUCUUUUUUAUAGGAGUAGUAGAUAAGACUUUGAAUUUCAAUUAGCCUUAAACUCCAAUACUUGCACGGCAACAUAUAUUUUAGCUAGUUGUAUGCUUCCUUUCUUUUAGAGAUAGAUAGGAAACAAUAAUAAUCCACAUGAAGAGGUGGUAUCUGUUCUGGCUCUACACUCCCAUUUCUAUUUGAACGUACGUGUGCACUUCAACUUGUUUUCAACUUCUUUCAAUAGUUUUGUUGUAGAAUUUGAACAAAACUAGAAGGUAGAUAAUGUGUAAAAUGCUAGCUCAAGAGGCAACGUGCUUCUUUUCCUUUUUAUAAUAAUUAUUAUUUUCAUUUUAUUUUUAAUCAAAAGCCU